CCGGAAGUAAUUAGCUUGUUAGCUGUUAGCCGUGGUCUUCAUGCUGUGGUUAAUCUAAAGAACACAUUUAAAAUGUCUGAGGAAGCUAUAACCUUGACAGUUGCUUACGGUUCUACAAAGCACAGCAUCACAGUAACAAGUCAGGAAGAUGACAAGAGUCCAACUGUUAGGGACCUGGCAGACUGUCUCACGCAUCUUACAGGAGUGCCUGCAGCCUCACAAAAACUCAUCUUCAAAGGGAAGUCGCUGACGGACAUGGAGCAGACUUUGUCCAGCUACAGAAUCAAAAGUGGUUGCAAACUCAUGAUGAUUGGAAAGAGGAACAGUCCUGAGGAGGAAGCCGAGCUGAAGAAAUUGAAAGACAUUGAGAAGUCCGUGGAGCAAACUGCAAAAAAGCUGGAGAAGGUGGACGGGGAGUUGACUGGACUUAAGAAUGGCUUCCUGGCCAAAGACCUGCAGGCGGACGCUCUUGGUAAACUGGACCACCGAGUAAAAGUAGCAGCCGAGCAGUUCAUGAAGAUCCUGGAGCAGAUAGACGCUCUGAGCGUCCCGGAAAACUUUAACGACUGCAAAAUGAAGAAAAAGGGCCUGGUGAAGACGGUGCAGGACUUCCUGGCACAGUGCGACAAGAUGGAGGCGUGCAUAUCAGACCACCUGACAAAGAUUCAGUCUAAAAAUCUGGCUCUGGUGGAUUAAAAAUGUGUAAAAGUGUUGCUCUGUGAGCGUGCUGUGUACAGAAAGCUCAUUCUUGUGUAUUUAUAGUGAUGUGGCGAGAGGUUGUUAUAGCAUUAACACUGAUGCAGACCUGCCAUCCCGCAUUUUUUGUGCUAGACAUUUUGACCCUUGACAUACAGUACAUUUUUUGUUGCAUUGAAGUUACGUUUCUGAGCCACGGGACUCCACGCAUAGGUGGAAUUAAAAGCUCUCGUCCAAUCAGAGCACCUGCAUUUUCAUCACCUCACACCUUGUGAGGGGGGUUACGCAUUAAUUUCAUUAGGGUUGGCAGGUCUGCAUGUAUAUUAGCCUUUGUAGAUUCCAUUACACGUCACAAAAUGCAGCUCUGGUGGGACUCAACCUUUGAAUCAGGUCUCCAGUGUAUUUAUCUAGAAGUCCAAUGCGCCACAGAGCCAGUUGCCAAUUAGCUCCUGUUUGCAAAACACAUGGUACAUAAUGUGUCAUAUUUCAAUAUUUAUGUAUGCAAGCAUUUUAUUAAAACAAUGACAGCAGCAGCUUC